CGAGUUUAUGUGGGUACUGGGGCUACUGCAGUAACUGAUGGCCAACAAAACCACCCAGCCCAACUCUGGAAGAGAGAGGAGGUGCUGAUGGAGAAGUAUGCUGCUAUUUUUGUAGAGGAAAAGCUGGUGCAUUUUAUCUAUCAGUCAUCAAAGAAUGCUGAAAUGAUAACAGCAUUGUUUGAAAAGUAAGCUAUUUAAGUUCGACCCACAGGUUAGGCGGUAACCAAAUGCUUCGAAGCAGCUCACAGGUACGGCUGUGUUCUUCAACAGGAUGCUCUCUGUCCUGUUGUUUGCGGCGGCUUGGGUUGCCUGCCUGGCAAAACUUCUGGAUGAGAAGAUGACUGGAUCCUGGAGACUAUUUCUGCUCUGUAGUCUCCUGCAAGGUGCUGGGUGCAACGCUGCAAAAUUUGAGGCCCUAAUGCCAGCAAGUGUUACGACACUCAGUGGAUCCUGUGUUACCGUUCCUUGUUCCUUCACCUUGGAGGACGGGUAUAAAGACAAGCUACAUCCUGGAUGCAUACCAAUAUGGCAAAAAGAUCAAAUAACUAUCAGUGCUACAACAUUCAGGGGAAAUCUAACAGCGUACAACUGUACUACAACAUUCAAUAACGUACUUGAAGACAAUGUUCAAUAUUGUUUUAGAAUUGAAUGUGGAAAUCCAUUAAAUUAUACUUUUAAAGAAAACCCAGUGACCAUCCAGAUCAAGGGACUCCCUGAUGCACCUCGUUUGACCCCCCCCAAGGAGCCGGUGGUGGAGGGGACUCCUGUGGAGCUGGGGUGCUCUGCCCCGUCCUACUGUGACACCCACCCCCCAACUGUGACGUGGACCCCCGCCCUGGGGCUCAGCACCCAGCUCCAGCAGAACGAUACCGUGACCUCCACUCUGACCUUCAACGCCUCCCACCUCCACCAUGGAAACAAUGUCUCCUGCACUGCGGCGUACUACAUACCAUCUGGGAACAAAACUGUGACGUCUACGAGAUACCAACUCAGUAUCUUAUUUGCCCCCAGGAACACCUCUGCUGUCGGCAGCCCGUGUCUUCCAGCCAGAGUGGGAGGCUGCCUCAACCUGACCUGCACCAGUCAUGCUAACCCUGCUGUCAGCGCGGUCACCUGGUACCGAAUACACGGAGAACACAUCCUUAAGAUCGGGACUGGAUCUUCUCUGUCCGUCCAGCUGUGGAACGCCAAUUACGUUUUCUUCUGUGAGGCCAGGAAUGAAAUUGGCACGGAAAAGUCUGAUGUCUACAAGAUCGACAUUCAAGCCAAUGAGUACUACUCCUACUCUCCAGCCCUUGGAUCCGGUCGUGGAACUCCCUUCGUGACCUCAGGAGAAGGAAGCAUCACAGGCGUGAAAGUCUGGGAGCACCCUGGAAAUUACAUUGCUGGUUUGCAGUUGCGUUACGGCACCAGGUGGGACCGUCUCAUUGGUCGCGCUGUCCACGCCCCACUGAGAUUGGACCUAUUUGAAGGAGAGACCAUUACUCAGGUGUCUGGAAAAUACCACACAUCCCACUACAUCUAUCAGUUGAUUUUUGGGACAAGCAGCGGACGUUCUCUCAUCGCAGGCCAGCCAGUUCUGAAGUCCUUCAACUUUUACCCCGAGCAUGAAGAGGCAGAGCUUCGGAUUUUGAGUGGGCGGUUCGAUGGCGGUGGGAUAACAUCGCUGGGAGCCCAUUGGGGCUUAGCCCCGGAGGGUUAUGGAAAUAGUACUUCCUAACCAAAUGCUUAAAAGUACAUCCGACUUUUGAGUUCUGAAGAUUUCCUAUUAAGCGAUAGAACACAAUAAGCAUAAUCAGAUCUUUGUUUCUGUGGUGUGAUUGGAAUCAAAACCGGGAUGAGUUAUGAGGUAGGUGUGUUUAGACCACUUCACUUAUGUUGGUAGUAAUGGGUGAGGCUUCAUUCCUCUGUUGCAAACUAAAUCCUAACUACUAGUAAUUGUAUCUACACACUAGUCUCUAAAUUGAACUCAAGGCUUAUUAAAGUUACCAAAAUUUUGAUCAAAUAUUUUGUUGUCUUCAAGAAAUCCCGACGAUCGAAUCAUCGAGAUCAUUUUGCCAGAACAUAUUGUACACCUCCAAAUUAAAACCAUCCCUGGCCGAACGGCAACCUUUGGCUUCAGGGGUCAAUCCUUGAUACAUGUGAGAUCUGCCUCGACACUUUAUUCUUUUAAAUCAUGGCUCAAUUAAAUAUCCACAGAAGCUUGAGAUGUUAAAACUACUAAUGAAUUGUUGCUGACCUUGGUUUUGUGUUAGUGUGUGUCUGGUGUUUUGUUUUCUCUGACGUCAUAUUAAAUGUCAUGUGUGGAAAAUCAAUAAAAUAAUAAUGGCAUCUCAAAAA